AGUACACCCCAGUGCUCGGCCAGGUGCGGGUUACGUUAACUUUCGCUCCGGCAGCCUCACUCGCCCGCUUGGUGUGACCUCCCGUCUUGGAUUUACCGCAGAGUGUUGCCAGUGGCUGGAGUGGCAGUGCAGUGAAUGGUGUGGUGAUGGUGGCGUGAGGCUUUCUGCUGCACCCGACGCUUCCCUGCUGCACCAUGGAGGCCUUCCUCAAGACGUGCUUGGCCUCAGCGUCAUAUCUACUGUCCGGUAGCGCGCCCCUGGACGGGGCCCCGCCAGCAGGAGCGGCGGAGAGUGGCGGUCAGAAACCGCGGCACGCAGUGAGGGCAGCGGCGUCCACUUUGGCCUCGACGCAGCCCUUCAUCACCGCCAGCCACUGUAAGGGCCACACCUGUGCUGAGGAUGUCCCCCUCACGCCUUUCUCCACGCCUUGCGCCACGCCUUGCUCAACACCUUUGCCCGCCACAGAGGCCUCCAGUCCCGGGGGGAGAUGGCUACGACCUCUGGGAUACGCCGAGAGGUUCAUGACACUAUCUCAUGACUACGGGUGCAUGACCACAGUGUAUUGCCUCUGGCUCGAGUCACGGGUCCCGCUGGACUUCGACACGGUGAAACUCGCCACCGUCCUGAUGUACAGGAAAAUGCCAAACCUCCGCCUGUACCUCGACUACCGGGACGGCGACUACUGGUGGCGGGAGAUGACGCGGGAGGUGGUGGACGUGGAGGAGAUAAGCACGGAUGACGUGGAGACCACCGUGCAGCGGCUGGUACGGCGCCGCUACCGCAUGUUUGAGGGUCCGCUGUGGUUCACACGCUUCGCCACUGUUGGCGGAGGCGACGACUUGGAACGAGAUUCAAACCACAACGUUAAAUAUAAGUACGUCUCCAUCUUCGGGUUUCACCACAACGUGAGUGACGGCAGCACCAACAUGAGGUUCUGCCAAGUGUUCCUCAAUGUGCUGAACGACCUCGCCGCGGGACGCACCGUGGACCUGCGGCAGGAGGGCAUAUUCCCUGCACCACUACAGGACCGCCUCGGCGAGCAGGCGGGUUCCCGAUUAUUUUACUUGGGCAUUUUCUUGCGUCGCUUGUACACCAUCGUCCUCACCUUCGGACUUCCCGUGUGGAACUUCAUUACCGUGUAUCGCAUGCCGCGCCAACUGGAGGCGGCCACGCAUUUGCUACAGCUGGAGCUGGACGAGUUCACCACUCGCAAACUCCUGCUUCGCUGCAAGAUGGAAGGAGUCACACUCAACUCCACCUUCACCGCCGCAGCCAACCUGGCCCUGUACGUGAUGGUGACCGCCAAAAACCCCCACAUCGGCCAGACCAACAUGUGCUCCCAGCAGGUGGUCAACAUGCGCCGCUACUGGCCCGAGGAGUUGCGGCCCAACACACUCGGCUGCCACAUCUCACUACUGGACUUGAGUUUCCCGACGCAGCUCGAAGACUUGGACGCCUUUUGGGAGUAUGCCCGCCGCGUGCACAGCCUCCUGCAUUACCACCUCACUGAGACCAAACGAGCACUCAAACUGCAGCAGAUGAGCCGCAGCUUGAGUCUCAUCAUCUUCUUUAACGCUGUGCUGGCCAAGCUAGGGCUGCCUUCCGGCAACGACAACCACUACACCGUCACCAACAUGGGGAACUUGAGCAAGACCUUCUCCGGCAGCGGCUCAGAGGUGGAGGUGACGCGGCUGCUGCGCACCGUGUCCUGCCACUUCAUGCCCACCCUGUGCCAGCACACCCUGCAGACCUUCCGUGGCCGCCUCUGCUACUCCCUCGACUACUACACGCAGAAGCUGACCAGAGAGACAGCUCAUCAGUACGCCCGCGGCAUCAUGCACCUCCUUACCAAGGCAAUUCACACUCCAAACUGACCCUAUUCACGCCCCUAUCCCGCCCCCCAACCCCGACGAAAUGCCCCACCUUCCCUCUGUGGGCACAGCCUACCAACCUGCGACACUUGACGUUUGUUGUCAGCUCCUGGGAUUUUUCUCUCUCUUAACAAGCCUCCCAUUCGAUCACUACAUCAAAUCACUCUUGACUCUUUGUUGUGGCGUUGUGUUCUGAUAGAUAAUGUGAACUGCAAACUUACAGACUCUAGUGCGAGUUGUUGUUAUUGUUCUUAGUCAGCCCGGCGCCCCUGGUGAGCCUGGGGUUACUGUAACGUCAAGUCCCGCACGCCAGUACCUGCCCUUCGAGGAGGAGGUGAGGCUUCUGCCAAAGAAGCUGCUUGACCAGCGCCGCCCCAUGACUGCUCAUCCACACAGCCAGUCUACCUCCCGCCGUGUGGCACGUAAUGUACAAAUUUCGCGUUUUGCAUUUCCCUCUGUUGAGGACCAGUAUUAAGUCGCCACACCUCACACUCUUAUGCCCUAGGAUAGUAAGACAUAAUUAACGACUCUUGAUUGAAGCAUCUUAAUUUAAGAUUAAAACAUAACCAUAAACAUAACCGCGUGCCUAGGUAAGUGCAAAUAACAAUAAGAUAAAGAAAACGAGGACAAGAGGGGACAUUCCAUCACUUCCGUCGGCCCCUCUCCCCCUCCCUGGUGUGGACUCUUUCGUUAUUAUUAAAUUAUGUAAAGCUCUAGUUUAAGUGACUUGACUUUUGCUCCUCCUCGUGAUGUUUGCGUUGGAAACUCAGGGUCACGAUCCCUAAAUGAAAGAGCCUGUGCGAACCACCCCGGCCAGCGGGUGACGAAGGUACAGUGUUGGUGCAGCGAAGGCGACGCGGACCAAGGGUAGGUGCGGAACGAAACAGACAGUGAAGGAGGGAAGGAGGGAGGGCAGGAAGGAAGGGAGGGAGGAGAAUGAAAAACAUUACAAUAUAGUGAAAGAAAGAAAGAAAGAAAGUAAAAGUAAGGGGAAAUAUAGAAAAAGAUGUUGCGUCUUGGUGUUAAUAGUCUCACCAAGGCCGCCACGCGUGGACCAGCCUGUCUCCCCUGCCCUGCCCUGCCUUCCCUUGUCUUCCCCUGCAGCGCCCAGGCUGCUGUACCCAGUGCUCAACAUAAUGACAAGGACCUCCUCGUCUCCCGCAUGUGUGUGUGUGUGUGUGUGUGUGUGUGUGUGUGUGUGUGUGUGUGUGUGUGUGUGUCCUCUGUAAUGUAAUAUCAGAGCGAUAUGACCCAAGGCUGCUUGUCAUGUCACCGUCGCCAGUUGUCCUCGACACCCCUGUCUUCACCAGCUGACUUGUACAUGUAUGUUAAAGUAUUUCCUAAAACAAUAAUUUCAGUUUUUUUUUUUUUUUGAUUAAUAAUGUAAACACCAAAACCACUGUCGCCUUUCCCAUUUCGCCUUUUGUCCGGCUGAGUGUUACGCAAGUCAUAUCUCUGUACACCAAAGUGUUGACCAAUGUUGAUAUGUACUCGUGUAUCAUUGGUUCAUCCCCGAUGUGUGAAAACCCGUCGCCGCUCGAGGUCCGUGGCGCAACCAUCAGUCACAAGUCAUUGUUAUUUUCUUCACAAUUAAAAAUACAAAUAACGCGAAA